AUGAGUGCCAGGACCUCCGAGUAUGUGGCGCUUUCCAUACCACACUGUACAUUUAACGGGACUACCCGGACAAAUGGCACCUGCAUUGACCAAGUGGAUCAGUUGUUUCAAGCUUUUUCGUCUACAGUUGUCCUGUUCGUCCUCAUUGCCAUGAUCAUUGGGAUAAUAUUCAUCUCUCUCUCAACCUUCCACUUUCACAAAAGUAAGAUGAAAAAGCGGAAGAUCCAGAAAGCACAGGAAGAGUACGAGCGCGACAACUGCAGUCCCAAAACGACCAAAGGCAAGCCAGUGGUCAGGCAAUGUAUAAUGGUGCGGCCGGGGAAACGGCCGCCCACGGCAGUGCUGAAAAGCGAGCCAAAUACGCCGUCUCAGGAUGACUCCAGCGUUACACCCAUCCCAGAAAACGAUUCAAACGCUAACACCAGGCACACGGGACAGGCAAACGACGAUCACUUGUUGGAAUCCGUUGCUGUGUCUUGA